UGUCUGUGGACAACCACAGGAGAAAACUUUCUCUCAUCUUAAAUUUAUUCUGUGCUCGUUUCAGAUAAGUGUACAGUUGUUGAGUGAUAUCAGGGUUCGUUCACCUGCGCGAGGUGUCUUGACGUUUAUUAAAAAUCAUAAGUAGAUAUGUCUAGCACUGUCUGCCAUGCGCCAAUGCCCCCCAGGAUCGAGGCAUUUACCACUAGACUAUGUUUGAGGGCUGUGGACCAGUACGAGAGACUAUUCCAGACUCAUUUCAACAAGCCAAAUAAGAGCCAGCGCGGCCAGCAAAGGGUGAAACAGCAGAAUGACCCCUCACCAACUAGACAAGAUCGAAAAGACCCCAGCAGGGAUGCCGCAGGGUCAUACACAGCCAUUAGCGCUUUUCGUCAGUGGCGAAAAACCGAGCGCACGAUCAUCAUGGGCAACAGGUCAUCAAAAGCCUCUAAGCGACUUGCUCAUUCUCAUGCCCAAAAGAUGGAAGAUUUUCCACUUGUUCUGUCAGAUACAACCAUGCCUGAGGAGGAUUUGUCGUUGAAAUUUCUUGCCCUACAUGCUCUAGAUCUGACGGCCCCGGCAAGCGACGUUCUUCUGAAGAAUCGUCUAAAAUCCUGGUUCCAGCUCUCAGGUCAUCCAGACGUUUUCGCCCCAGCCGGUCCAGGGACUGUCUGGAAGCGUCGAACAGGGGGAGCCGAAAACACAGAGCGAACGGUCUACGAGGCCCUCUCCAAGGACAAGCAAUUGAGUUGUUACGUUCCCCAAUUCUAUCGAGAGGUCGAGUACAAAGGAGACACCUUCAUCGAGCUCCAGGACCUUCUGUUUGGGUUCGACGAACCACACGUUAUGGAUAUUAAAUUGGGAACGAGAACUUUUCUGGAGUCCGAAGUUUCCACAACAGUCCUGAGGGCGGAUUUGUACGACAAGAUGAUCGCAAUAAAUCCUAAUGCUCCGACGACCACUGAACACAAAACUAAGACAGUGACGAAGAUGAGGUACAUGCAGUUCAGAGAGGAGCAAAGCUCUACCUGGAGUCAUGGGUUUAGGAUCGAGGCGAUGAAACUACCUGGAGGACCUCCAAUCACUGAUCUCAAGACUGUACGGAGUCAUGAAAGUGUUACCGAUACAAUGAGGCUUUUUUUAGGGGAUAAUCAAAGCGUCUGCAAGAUGUUACUAGAGAAGCUGAGGGACUUGGUGGCGACAAUCGAGGUGUCCCCGUAUUUUCAAACUCAUGAGGUAAUAGGUAGCAGUAUUUUCAUGAUCUAUGACAAAGAAAAGGUCGGUGUCUGGCUUAUAGACUUCGCCAAGACUUACCCAGUGCCUGAUGGUAAACGACUCAAUCAUAGAACACCCUGGGUGGAGGGAAAUCAUGAAGAAGGAUUACUCUUUGGUCUGGACAAUCUCAUUUCCAUGCUCGAAGAAAUUCAGGCCACCUUGUGAGAGGAGCUUUAGUCAUCGAUCAUGACCUCUCGAAGAAAUGCCCGCUAUUCCACAUGAGUCAGCUGCCACCGAAGUCUAUAAGCAAAAUUGUAGUUAAUUGUUGAAAGGAGGGGAACACAAAUUGCGUCGGUUUUUUUAUUCAUCAAGAAGAGAAUUCGAAGAUUAAAAUCUAAAAAAUUAUCGAAGAUCAAUUAUCAGUACACAGACAUAACUCAAGUAAUAGAAAGUGACUUUGAAGUCAUGGAGGAGCUUUUGACAAUUCUAUAUAUAGAAAAAAUGCAAUCAAAAUUAAAAAAAAAAACAAAAAUAAGACGAUUUUGUGUUAAAACUGACAUAGUAGACUCACUGUGCUUAAGUAAGUCACUGAAGAAUGUACAACAAACAAUUUUAAGUUGUGACUUUGUUUAGAACUUUUUAAAAGAAAAUUUAUGUCUAAGAAUGCCAAAAAAAUCAGCUGCUUUUUUAUGUUUACAUUGUAGCGUUAAGGUUUAUAUCGAUUGAUGUACAAAGGCUGCCUAAUGAUAAAAAGUAUUAUGUACGACAUACAAUUUUUAUAUCAGACCGAA